GGAGGAAACGCCGGCGCCCGGCGGCCCUGCGGGAAGGAGGAAGCGAGACGGCGCUCGGCUCCGCGUUCCCCGCGUCGCGAGGCACAGCCACAGAGCCGGAUAUAUAGAGGAUACUUUUCCAGAAUAAAAUGCCUCCUUUGAAUGAGCCCCUUGGCCUAAUGACCAGAUUGGUGGAUCUUCUGAAAUGGUUGCACGAUGGAAUUUGAACAUUACCUUAAGAGGUUUCAUAUUUUGGAUUAGUUAAUUGUUCUCAUCCUCCUGAUUAUUUCUUUGAACUCAUUUUUUGGUGUCAUUUUGAGGCAUUAAAUACAAAAAGAUUAUACCAUGGACUACAAAGAAAGCUGUCCAAGUGUAAGCAUUCCCAGCUCUGAUGAACACAGAGAGAAAAAGAAGAGGUUUACUGUUUAUAAAGUUCUAGUCUCUGUGGGAAGGAGUGAGUGGUUUGUCUUUAGGAGAUAUGCAGAGUUUGACAAACUUUACAACACUUUAAAGAAACAAUUUCCUGCUAUGGCUUUGAAGAUUCCUGCCAAGAGAAUAUUUGGUGAUAAUUUUGAUCCAGAUUUUAUUAAACAAAGAAGAGCAGGACUAAAUGAAUUCAUUCAGAAUUUAGUUAGGUAUCCAGAGCUUUGCAACCAUCCAGAUGUCAGAGCAUUCCUGCAAAUGGACAGCCCAAAACAUCAGUCAGAUCCAUGGGAAGAUGAGGAUGAAAGAAGUACUCAGAAGCUCCACUCUACCUCACAGAACAUCAACCUGGGACCAACUGGAAAUCCUCACGCUAAACCAACUGACUUUGACUUUUUAAAAGUUAUUGGAAAAGGCAGCUUUGGCAAGGUUCUUCUUGCAAAACGAAAACUGGAUGGAAAAUUUUAUGCUGUCAAAGUGUUACAGAAAAAAGUAGUUCUCAACAGGAAAGAGCAAAAACAUAUUAUGGCUGAACGUAAUGUUCUCUUGAAAAAUGUGAAACACCCAUUUUUGGUUGGAUUACAUUAUUCUUUCCAAACAAGUGAAAAACUUUAUUUUGUUCUGGAUUUUAUUAAUGGAGGGGAGCUGUUUUUUCACUUACAAAGAGAACGGUCCUUUCCUGAACACAGAGCGAGAUUUUAUGCUGCUGAAAUUGCCAGUGCAUUGGGUUACUUGCACUCCAUCAAAAUAGUGUACAGAGACUUGAAACCAGAAAAUAUUCUUUUGGAUUCAAUGGGACAUGUUGUCUUAACGGAUUUUGGGCUUUGUAAAGAAGGAAUUUCUAUCUCUGAUACUACUACAACGUUUUGUGGGACACCAGAGUAUCUUGCACCUGAAGUAAUAAGGAAACAGCCCUAUGACAACACUGUGGAUUGGUGGUGCCUUGGUGCUGUUUUGUAUGAAAUGCUGUAUGGAUUGCCACCUUUUUACUGCCGAGAUGUUGCUGAAAUGUAUGAUAAUAUUCUUCACAAGCCUCUAAAUUUGAGGCCAGGAGUGAGCCUCACAGCCUGGUCCAUUCUGGAAGAACUCUUAGAAAAAGACAGGCAAAAUCGACUUGGUGCCAAAGAAGAUUUUCUUGAAAUUCAGAAUCAUCCUUUUUUUGAAUCACUCAGCUGGACUGACCUUGUACAGAAGAGGAUUCCACCACCCUUUAAUCCUAAUGUGGCUGGCCCAGAUGAUAUCAGGAACUUUGACACAGUAUUUACAGAGGAAACAGUUCCAUAUUCUGUGUGUGUGUCUUCUGACUACUCUAUCGUGAAUGCCAGUGUACUGGAGGCAGAUGAUGCGUUUGUUGGUUUCUCUUACGCACCUCCUUCAGAAGACUUAUUUUUAUGAACAGUUUGCAAUUCAGAAACCAUCAAGCAAAUACAAGCCUGCAGAUGGGACUGAAACUCCUAUUUGUGUGAAUAUAUUCAAAUAUGUAUAACAGUGCCUCAUUUUUAUAUGUAAUGUUCAAAACUAUGAAAAAUAUUUUCUGUAUGCAAGGAAAUAGUGCUUUUCAGAGAGCUAUGUUUUGAAUUAAAGUUUGUAUUCUUAUUUACUAAACUUAUUUUUUAAUAAAAUUUAAAAGCUGUUGCUCUUAGCAUAAACCUAUUUUUAAAGAAAACUUUUCUGCUAUUGACUGUUUUCCUCCUAAGUUUACACUAACAUGUCCAAGAUAGACUUUUUAACAGUAUGUUUCAGUUCAUUUAGCAUAUAUUAAUACCUUUGUAAUUCUACUAUGACUUUUGUUAUUGUAUCAGAGCUAUGCAAUUGGUACAUAGUUGUUUAAGAAGAAACCAUAUCUUUCUAUGAUAAAUCAGUAUUUUAAAUAAAAGGUCUUGGUGUAGGAUUAAAAUAUAAAAAGCAUAUUAGCACAUUGACAGCUAGUUAACACUGAAUAACCAUUCAUUUUUCAGAUAAGUAACAAAAGGAAAUCAUUUGCUUCUGAAAUACCAGUUCAAAUUGUGAUUUCUUUUUCUGUCUGGAGGAAAAGAAAAAAGUUAAUGGUUAGAAAUUUAAGACUUCCCAAAAAUCUGAAGGGUAAUAAAGUACUGCUGGAAUUUUUUUUUUUUUUUAGGUGGGGCCAAAAAUGAGUGUCUCUGUGUUAUAUAUUUAUAUUGCAAAUAUAUUCUAUUUAUGUUCCUUUUGGUGUUUUGAAUGUUUGAUAUACUGUUAGGUCUAAAUCUUGGUGUUUGCUUAUGCAAAUAGCUUUUUCAAAACUAUCUAAUUGGUUAAGGAAAAAAAGGUAGAUCUUUCUAGAAUACUUACCUAAUUGAAAAUUUAAAAGCAAAAUAACAAAUCUGGGUCAGUGCAGAACAGUUCUACUAUAACAAGAGUUAAAAAUAAUUUAUGCAGUUUCAUAUUCAGUAUCUUUUUUUUUCAUUAUUGGUGUCUCUGGGGAUCAAACCCAGAGCCUUGCACAUAUGAAGGAUGCAUGCAUUCUACCACUAAAUUAUAGCCCUAGUUCAUCAAUAUUUUUGUGUCUUAGAAAAAGUACAUAAAACUAAUCUUAGAAAUCAUAACAUACCAAUUAACUUGCACCUUUUCAAGUCAUGUAGGAAAUAGUAUAAAGGUUUGGUGAGUCAGUUUAGAUGCUCUAAGAACAAACUUCCCUUCCAUGUAUUCACUUGAAAGAAAUCACAAAAGCAUUUCUCACCCAUACCCUUUGGCUUAAAAAUAUUCCUCAGAAUUGGGAAGGGAGGAUACUUUUGUUCAAUUAAUACUUAUAUCUAAUACACUGAAUAUUCCUUUAGAGGUAGAACUUUAAUAUCUACACUGUAAAUUUUGGUUUGUUUGGCACUACUGUAAGUUCUGCUCUUAACAUUCUUUGUUCAAUAUAAACCAAGAUAAAAACUGUAGUUUCUUGUAUGAUUUUUUUUUACUCAGAUACUCCUUAAACUACCAAAAAUUAAAGUGCAAUAAUCUAUAUUUCUAAGGACAAAUUUAAAAUAGAAUUUUGAUGUUUCUUGGAUUAUCAGAAAUACAGAUCUAUAUAGUAUAAUAAAAUUAGCAAAUGAA